AUGGCCACCACCACCAAACUCCUCGCACCUAUUCUCACUUGGCAAGUCUCUCAACACAGGAGGACCCUUCAAGUCUCACGCUGCUUAUCCCUGAAUCUCGCCGCCGAGGACAACAACCUUCGAGUGGUCUUCGCCGCCGGCGGCACCGGCAGCCACGUGUACCCUGCAGUGGCCAUCGCGGAUGAACUCAAACUUGCCAACCCUUCAACGGAGUUCCUCUUCAUUGGCACUCCAAACAGCGUGGAAAGCGCUGCAGUGCCUUGUGCAGGGUACAGCUUCGCCUCGGUGCCUUCGAACUAUGCUUCUGGUUUGGCCAACUAUGUUCUUGUCUUGUUUGCUAAUGCCAUCUUCGUGGCUUUCAACUCAACUGCUGAUAGCUUUCCGAGGAAGAAGUGCGUGGUGUGCGAGAAUCCGGUGAGGUUGUCGCUGAGGAACAAAGUUUCAAAGGCGGCAGCAAAGUCGCAUUUCUUUCCAGGGUAUAGGAAGACGAGUGAGUGUAAAGCAAAGGUUUUGGUGGUUCUUGGAGGGUCUUAUGGCGCAAAUGUUGUCAACAUUGCAAUGCUAAAUUUGUAUUAUCAGAUGCUGAGGCAGAAUAGUUGCUUGUACAUUAUAUGGCAAAUUGGGGUCGAAUCAUAUGAUAAAAUGGACAAUCUUGUUAAGAAUCAUCCCCGCUUGUAUAUGGCACCGUAA